UAUUAGGUCAUUUGUAAGAGAGGGGUUUUGGUUCCUGAACUUGUCCAUGGAGAAUUAUCAUCAUCACCACCAUCAUCAUCAUCAAAGCUACGAAAAGCAUGAGGCAUUGCCUCCAGGGUUCAGAUUCCACCCAACUGACGAAGAACUCAUCACUUACUACCUCUUGAAGAAGGUUCUGGACUGCAAUUUCACCAGCAGAGCCAUUGCUGAAGUUGAUCUCAACAAAUGCGAGCCAUGGAAUCUUCCAGGCAAAGCAAAGAUGGGGGAGAAAGAGUGGUACUUCUUCAGCCUUCGCGACCGGAAGUACCCGACCGGGUUGAGGACGAACCGGGCGACUGAAGCCGGUUACUGGAAGGCGACCGGAAAAGACCGGGAGAUCUACAGCUCCAAAACAUGCUCCCUGGUAGGUAUGAAGAAAACCCUAGUUUUUUACAGAGGAAGAGCUCCCAAAGGCGAGAAAAGCAACUGGGUCAUGCACGAAUAUCGCCUCGAAGGAAAGUUUGCUUAUCCCUACUUGUCUCGAGACUCCAAGGGCGAGUGGGUGAUUUCCCGAGUGUUCCAGAAAAGCGGAAUCGGCGGCGGCGCCGCCACCGCCGGCGGCGGGAAGAAACGCCACUCAGCCGGCUCGACCGCCAUUGCCAUUUCUGAAGUGGGUUCUCCUUCCUCCGUUUCGCAACUGCCGGCGCUUCUGGAACCUUCCACGGCCUCCACCGACCGCGAGAGCUGCUCCUAUCACGUGAAGGAGCACGUGCCCUGUUUCUCCACGCCAGCUCCACCCAGUUUCAGCCACAGCUCUCUCUUCGACCUUCCCCCGCCGCCGCCGCCGCAGAAUUCACCUCUGAGUGCGCUGAUCUACGGGCAGCUGUCGUCUGAUUAUUCGCGCUGCUCGAGGAGCAACAUGGGAGUGUCGGCAUUCCCGAGCCUGAGGUCGCUCCAGGAGAAUCUCCACCUACCUUUUCUGUUCCCAUCAAUGGCGGCGGCUCCGGCCGGCGACUCUUCCGCAGGCGGCGGCGAUCAGAUGGUGAACUCGAUUGCGCCGUUGUUCGGGCAGUUUCCUCCGGCGGAGUAUAAUCAGAAAGUGAACGCCACAGAACUCGAUUGCAUGUGGAGCUACUAUUAGUUAAUUUUAAAAAAAUCGAUCAAUUAAUUAUCACUGGCAGCUGUUGUGUGUAUUAUCGUCGAAUG